ACAUGAUUUCCGGAACCCAAACUUUCCGUUAAGAGAGAGUUUAGUAGUCGGCUUUAUUUUUCUAGACUGUAUUUAUAAAAUGUUUUCGGGUGUGUUAUCCCCGAGUGUACCGGCUCCGGGUCCGGGUCAGGGUCAGGGUCCGGGUCCGGCUCCGGGUCCGGCUCCGGGCGGCACCGCGGGGAUUGUGAUCGGAGACGCGCUUUAUUCAGGAGUCCUGUUGGCUAUAGACAGCUCUCUGGUGCCGGAGGAGAAGCGCUCAGAGACUCCGUCCAUGCGGGACGGGCUGCAGCUCCACACCGAGACCGAGCUGAGGAUCCUGGGCUGUGAGCUGAUCCAGUCCGCGGGGAUCCUCCUCAGACUCCCUCAGGUUGCCAUGGCGACAGGACAGGUCCUCUACCAGCGGUUCUUUUACUCCAAAUCUUUCAUCAAACACAGCUUUGAGAUCGUGGCCAUGGCAUGUCUGAAUCUGGCGUCUAAGAUCGAGGAGUGUCCUAGGAGAGUGCGUGACGUCAUCAACGUGUUCCAUCACCUGAAGCAGGGAGCAGGGAAGAGGUAUCUUCAUCAUCAUCAUCAUCAUCACGCUCUGCUCAGCUGUAGUGUCACUGAGAACACUGAGGGCCUUGUGUGUGUGUGUGUCAGGAGUGCUCCACUGUUACUGGAUCAGAAUUACAUCAACACCAAGAACCAGGUGAUUAAAGGUGAGCGGCGCGUGUUGAAGGAGCUGGGCUUCUGCGUCCACGUCAAACACCCGCACAAGAUGAUCGUGAUGUACCUGCAGGUGCUGGAGUGUGAGAAGAACCAGAUCCUGGUGCAGACGGCCUGGAACUACAUGAACGAUGCGCUCAGGACUGAUGUGUUUGUGAGGUUUGAGCCAGAGACCAUCGCCUGUGCCUGUAUCUACCUGGCUGCUUGUGCUCUACAGGUGAACACACACACCACUACUUCCUGUUUACAAACCCCACCUCCUCUGAUACAUGUCUCAUCACUCAGUAGAGACGCAACUAAUUUAAGCGACGUGUGUGUGUGUGGUCAGAUUCCUCUCCCCACCAGGCCACACUGGUUUCUCCUGUUCGGAGCGUCAGAGUCAGAGAUCAGAGAAAUCUGCAUCUGUACGCUGAAGCUGUACUCCAGGAGUAAGCCGGACAUUGCUCAGUUGGAGAAGGAGUUGGAGAAGAAGAAGAUGAGUCUGGAGGAGGAGAAGCUGAAGGGAAAGGGUGUGAACUAUAGCAUCACUCCAGCUCUCAGCCACAUCACUGCCUUCUCUCCUGCUUCUAAACCUGGUUCGCCCAGAGAGGUGAAGACCGAAGAAAACAGUAAACAAGUGCGAGAGGAGAAAGAGGAGCGAGCCCUGAGCUCCAAAAGCCCCAUUUCCAGUGUGAAAAAGGAGGAGAGUGGAGUCCUGCAGAAUGGUCACUCUGCCUCCAGGAGGCGCUCCAGAUCCCCCUCUCCUCACAGACGUCGGAGUCGCUCGGGAACAUACAGCUCCUCCGGCAGCCACAGCCCUUCGCCACGGCAACACAGGAGCCAGAGGUCCCCGCAAGCUAGGAGUGAUAAGAGUCUCCACAGAGACCGACGGAGACGCUCCCACAGCGACUCGCGAGGCCAUUACCGUGACGACGGGAAACGCAAACAGGAGUGCUGGGAGAGGAGAGAGCGGGAGCGGUCACGUGAUCGCGGACGGUCAUACGAUUACGGGCGUGAACGCGAGAGCAGGACACGUUCUCGCCACCGCAGAUGA